AUGAUCGCCACCGGCGGCCUGCUGAGGAUUUCCGCCAGAAAGCAGGAUCCCCUCCGGCCCCCGAGCCAGGUCCCCAAGCGCAGGCGGAAAGCCAAGAAGAGGCGCAAGAACGACGUGGUGGUGGUGAAAGGCAAGCUGAAGCUGUGCUCCGUCUCCGGGCUCAUCGCCCUCUGCGGGAUCCUGGUGCUGCUGGUGGGCAUAGCCUUGGCGGUGGUGGGCUACUGGCCCAAGGCCAACGGGACCAACAGGGAGGGGGGUAAGCAGCUGCCGCCCGCGGGCAGCGGCCACCGCGUCCCCACCAUGACCAACAGCAGCAGCAGUGGCAGCAGAAACCGGUCCAGGAAGCACCCGGGGCCUCCGGAGGGUGUCACCACCAGUUCCGUGGGCGCGCCCUGGAGCACGCCUCCAGCACGGUCCCCCGCGCCCUCUUUGUCCUCCUCUACGUCCGUGGGCUUCUUCUUCCGCAUCUUCUCCGGCUACCUGCACUCGGACAAGCUCAAGGUCUUUGGGCCCCUCAUCAUGGGCAUCGGCAUCUUCCUCUUCAUCUGCGCCAACGCAGUGCUCCAUGAAAACCGGGACAGGAAGACCAAGAUCAUCAACCUGCGGGACCUCUACUCCACCGUCAUCGACGUGCACAGCCUCCGCGCCAAAGACCUGGCAGCCGCCGCGGCUGCUGCCGCCGCCGCCGCCGCCUCCUCGUCCUCCGCCCCCACCUCGGCGCCCCCAGGGGCCGCGCCGCUCAACGGCUUCCUCAGCUACGUGCAGUCGCGGGGCCUGGAGCUGAAGCCCGGAGGCUGCGGCGGCGCCGGGGACGCCUUCGGGGCGACGGCGAUGCUGGGCAGGGGUGCGUGGCCCCACCCCGCGGCGCUGGGCGGGGGCGGGGCCCGGGGCGCCGCGUCCCCCCCAGACCUGGCCUCGUCCCCGCGCCGCCCGCGGGAGCCCCAGAGCCUGGCGGAGGCCGUGUACAGCAUCUACCGCGAGCGCUCCGGCGUGGCCGGCCGUCGCCGGGCCGCCGCCGCCACCGCGGCCGCCAGCAGCAGCAGCAGCCCGGCGCCCUGCAGCCCCCCCGAGAGCUGGGGGCGCCAGAGCACUGCCAGCUCCCUCGUGGGCUCCUCGCUGAGCGCCUUCGCGCUGCUGCCCCUGCCGGGGGACCGCGACGGGGUCGGGGACGCAGCGGGCGCGAGCCGCGGCUGGCAGCGGCCGCCCGGGGAGCGCGGCUCCCGGGAGAUCCCGCGGGGCGAGCUCGACUCGAGCUUGACCGACCUCCGCGGCGCCCGGGGCGGCGCGCGCUGGGCGCCCCGCGAGCCGGAGGAGCCGGCGGGCGCGGCGGCCGCGUGCACCGCCAGGGGGCAGGGUGGCCGCCUGCCCAGGACCAGCAGGUACGCGGCCCUGCGACGCCGCAGCACCAGCGGGCUCCCGGACUACCGGGCGCCCUCGUCCCCCGAGCCCCCGCCUGCCUCGGGCAGCGCGCACCUGGACUCGACCGUCCCGGCCCCAGCUGCCUCCCCCGAGCCCCCGCUGCGGCGGGAGCGCUCGCCCCCCGCCGGGCCGGACUCUCCGAGCUCCCAGUCGGAUGACCCGUCCUGCAGCAAUAAGGGCUACACCCCUCUGCGGGAGGCCGGCACCUCCCUGGAGUCGGUGGUGGACCCGGUGGCUGGUGAAAGUCCAGACGGUGAGGCCGCCACCUCCCCGGGGGCGGAGCAGAGUCCCCCGGAGGGUCCCGGCCAGAAGCCCCCAGCGGGCGAGCCCCCCCAGCGGGUGCGGAGGCAGUUUACAAACGAGGAGAAACUCUUCAUGAUUUCCCGAUCUCACGCCCCAGGGGUCGAGGACGGAGAACUGGAAACUACUGGCAUUUAG